AUGGAGACGACCGCAAGCAUCAUAGCAGUCACCCAGCUAUGUGAAAAGGUGAUCAAAUACAUCAUUGCCGUAUCCGGAGCCAAGGAAGUAAAACAUCGCCUCCGCUCACAGGUCCGAGCCUGCAGUAAUCUGCUACUUCAGCUGCAAGACGACGUAGCAGACUCCGACGAACUCGAAGAGUGGUCCAAGACUCUGAAGUUACUCUCUACUCCGCUUGCGCGCCUUCAGGAGGCUUUAAGCCUGGCAGCCGUCGCUUUAUCUACCCGAGAUGGCAUUGUCGAGAAGUUGGGAUGGCCUUUUAGGGAGAAAGACGUGGAGAAGCUGAUCGAGGCGAUUAAGUGCGAGAUGGAUAUGGUGACUUUCGCUCUUCAUAACAAUGCGACAUCACUACUCAUCGAGAUCAACACUAGUUCAAAGCGCAAUGAACAACAUCUCACCUACGUAAAAUCCGCUCUGGGUUUAUACGUCGAGAAAACCCAUUCCACGCUGCGAAGCAUCAAUGGCGAGCUGGUAUCAAUACAAACAACCCAAAAUGGCGUUCGAGGCAGAGUCGAAGAGCUGCACGAUCGUCAGGAUACGGAAGAGGCUAUGAGAGAACGUCAGCGGAUCUUUGACUGGCUCACACCCAUCGACCACGCUUCAGAUCAGCGGGACGCCAUUAGUCGGCGGCAACCAGGUACCGGUGGAUGGCUGUUGCACUCACAGACCUAUAAAGACUGGCUCAGCACUGAUAAUCGCACUUUGUUUUGCCCUGGUAUUCCAGGAGCUGGAAAGACAGUCUUCGCCUCCAUUAUCAACGCUGACUUGCAAGAACGUUAUCAUCAUGACCCUACGGUUGGCUUGGCUCACCUGUUCUGCAAUUACAGACGUCAUAGCGAGCAGACACUAGAAGCCCUACUCUCAGCUCUUCUCAAACAGCUCGUCGAACAUCAAGUUCCGUUACCAGAAUGCGUCGUCGAUUUUCACAAGAAACCACCGCCAAAAGGAACUCUAGAUCGAAUCGAAGCUACCAUGGUGACACUAAAGUCAGUAGCGGCAACAUACUCACGAGUGUUUAUAGUGGUAGAUGCUCUCGAUGAAUGCUCUACAUCUCAUGGCUGCCGCACAACGCUACUGUCAAGUAUCCAAAGCUUACAAAAGCAAUGCCACAUCAACCUACUCGCUACGUCGCGUUUCAUACCAGAGAUUACCGAGAAGUUCAAGACAGCCUGUCACUUGAAGAUUCAAGCAGACAACAACGACGUGCGGAGGUAUCUCUCAGAGAACAUGACUCGCCUCCCUGGUUUCGUGCAAAGAGAUGAAGUAUUGCAGGAAGAGGUUGUGUCAAAGAUCGUGGAGGCAGUGCGCGGGAUGUUUCUCUUGGCUAAGCUGCAUCUUGACUCUCUCAUCGGAAAGAGGGCCGUAAAAGCAGUCAAAUUCACCUUGAGAAGACUCGCUACUGGGUCGGAAGCCUAUGAUUCUGCAUACGAUUCAGCGAUGAAAAGGAUAGAAGGCCAAUUCGCUGAUCAGACGGAGCUCGCUAAGCAAGCGUUGGCAUUCCUUACUUGCGCCCAACGACCCCUGUCUACACGGCAACUGAGAGAAGCUCUAGCUGUAGAAAUCGGGAAACCGGAAUUGGACCCAGAUAAUUACCCAGAUAUCGAGGAUGUUCUAGCUUCAUGUGUUGGUCUAGUAACCGUGGAUGAUAACAGCGGCAUCAUUCGGCUCGUUCACUACACGACACAAGAAUACCUAAAGCGCACACUGGAUCAAUGGUUUCCGGAUGCGCAGGCCAUGAUAACAAACGUCUGUACCUCUUACCUGUCUUUAGAUCGAUACGGCAACCCCAACAAUCCGGGUCCCUUCGCAAACCAUGUAUGCCUGGAGGACAUCACCGUGACGCUCAUCCAGCAGGGAUCCGAUCUGGACUCAAGAAAUGAAUUUGGUCGAACUCCUCUUACUUGGGCCGCAUCGAAGGGCAAUAAGAGACUCACUGAUAAGUUGGUGGCAUACAAUUCGCCAAUAGAUGCGCGCAUCGAUGAGAACAAUCGGUUUGCGGGGUGUACCGCACUACAUGUCGCCGCGAUCUUGGGUCACACCAGUAUCGUUGAGCUCCUUCUUGAACGUGGAGCAGCAGUCAACUCGAAAGACGUUGACGAUGCAACGCCCUUGUACAAUGCGGUCAAGCAUCGGAGGACUGAGAUUGUAAAAAUCUUGAUUGAAGCGGGAGCUGAUCGGACAUGCACAAGCAAAAGGCUUUGGCGACCGCUUCUAACCGAAGCAAUUCACUGGACGCCCAAACUCGAGAUAGUCCAGCUUCUCUUGGAUGCCGGCGUGGAUGUCAACGAACGCCAGGACAAGAUCUUGAGGACGGCACUGUUCUACGCCGUUCAAUACGAUAAAGGAGAAAGAAUUGUCCGAAUGUUGCUCGAAGCCGGCGCUGAUCCCAAUAUCGCUUCCCGCAGUGGACGAACUCCACUCAUCCUCGGGAUUAUGCGUUAUCAUCAAGACGAAAGCAUCGCCCUGGCCAAAUUACUGCUUGAUGCUGGGGCAGAUAUCGAUAUCCAGGACAGGUACGGAUAUACCGCAUACCAAUGGACUAGGAAGUAUCAUCUGUCCAAGACAGGGCAGUAUUUGCUUGAGCGUGGGGCCAAUCCAGAGCUGGGCUCUCAACGCCGCCCUGGUUCUGCAGUUCCUUCAGGCGACUAG